AUGAGCCUAGCCACGAGAGGAGUCCUGGAUAGGUACACCACUAAUUUUAAGGUCCAAUUGUAAUCAUUUUCUUUUGUUGUGUAUCAAAUUACAAAAGAAAGAAGGGACCUUGGUACUCUCUCUGUGUGUUUGUAUGUGUAUCUGUUUCUCACCACAUACAGAGAGAUAAUAAGAUAUUGUUGUAGCCACAAGCACACAGAGUCACAGCCUUCUACUCAUGUCCAUGGCUGGGGAACAAGGUGAUAGUUGCUCCUCCAUCACCAUACCCCUUUUGGGUGAAGAAAAAGUGCACCAAGUGAAUGACUCAAAUAUUGAAGCUUUGGUGGCCAAGACUUGUGAUUCACACACCCCUUAUGUGGGUAACACCUCCUUUUACAAGACAUGCUUCCAUCUUAUUAAUGCCCUCUCAGGAGUUGGUAUUAUAUCGAUGCCUUAUGCACUGGCAUCUGGGGGAUGGUUAAGCAUAUCACUGCUAUUUGUGAUUGCAAUUGCUUGCUGUUACACUGGCAUGUUGGUCAAAAGAUGCAUGGAUAUGGACCCUGAUAUAAGAACCUUCCCUGACAUAGGUCAACGCGCAUUUGGAGACAAAGGGAGGCUAAUUGUGUCAAUUGCGAUGAAUUCUGAGCUCUACCUUGUUGUAACAGGUUUUCUGAUUUUAGAGGGUGAUAAUUUAAACAAACUGGUACCAAAUGUGCAACUUGACCUCGCCGGGUCAACAAUUAGUGGAACAACAAUUUUUGCCAUGGUUGCUGCCCUUGUUAUUUUGCCUACUGUUUUGUUAGAGGAUUUGAGUUUGCUAUCUUAUGUCUCUGCUAGUGGAGCUUUGGCUUCUUCCAUUUUUCUCCUCUCUCUAUUUUGGAAUGGCACCAUUGAUGGCACAGGAUUUCAUGCAAAGGGAACAUUUUUCAGAUUGAGUGGAAUACCUGCUGCAGUUAGUUUAUAUGCCUUUUGUUACAGUGCUCAUCCAAUUCUUCCCACUCUCUACCAUUCUAUGAGAAACAAAAGCCAGUUCUCAAGGGUUCUCUUUGUAUGCUUUUCUGUAUGCACACUUGGUUAUGCAGCAGCAGGUUUUUUGGGCUACUUAAUGUUUGGGGAAGAGGUUGACUCACAGGUGACUUUGAACCUCCCAACAGGGAAAUUCAGUUCACAAGUAGCAAUAUACACUACCUUGGUCAAUCCCAUAGCCAAAUAUGCAUUGAUGCUUAGUCCAGUCAUAAAUGCUGUAAAAAAUAAGGUUUCAUGCUAUAACAACAAAAGGCUCACACAUAUACUUGUUAGUACCUUAAUGCUCAUUAGUACUCUUAUUGUAGCUGUGGCCAUUCCCUUAUAUGGAUACCUCAUGUCAUUUAUUGGGGCAUUACUAAGCGUCUCAGCUUCAAUUAUAGUACCAUCAGUGUGCUAUUUGAAGAUUUCAGAAGCUUACAAGAGAUUUGGGUCUGAAAUGAUAAUAAACUAUUCAAUAAUAGUAAUGGGUGUUACUAUUGCUGUUGUGGGUACAUAUACAUCUCUGUUAGAUAUAAUUCACAAUUUGUAAGUGUCAAGUGCACAAUCAAUCUCCGUGGAAGUUGCAAUAAUUGGAGCUUCAUGAAUGUGUAAAGAUGUGCUUCUGUUAAUAUUUCGAUUGAUUGUAUCAACAUUUUGUGAGGCUUAAUCUUUGUCAGAUAUUUACUUUCAUUUGAUCAUGUUUGAGAGAAUUGUUUUCCUAUAGGAAAUCCCAUGAUGUUUUGACCACUUGUUUCAUGCAAGGGAGAGAAUAAAUAAUAAAAAUGAAAAUAGUGUUGAAUUUUCG